AUGUUGGGUCAGUCUCACCAGCAGACAAUGGUAGAUGUACUUUGGUCUGCUUUUGGUCGAUGUUACGUUAACGUCCGAGCAGUCGCAGUCAGUGUUAAUACCAAGAAAUCUGAAAAUGUCGUAAGAUUUUGCUGUUGCCAGAAGAUUGGUCUCGACGGCGACUGCCUAGCACUUUGUCAGUCCGACGUGAGCAACCUGAAGCCCGGCAGUCUGAGGCACUGUACCGAUCUCGACCUCGAUUUAGCCAUGCUCUGUAAGGGCCGUUUUUUCUCCCGCCUAGCCUGUUGCCGUGCCCACCACGUGCCGGUAGAAUGUUCAAUGGGCUGUCUUGAUGAAGUGCCAGUUCAC